AUGAUCACCAGUCGUGCGACCAACCAACCAAAACAGCCAGCCAAUCUGCGGACUGCACCUGCAUAUCUUUCUUUAGAGACCAGGGGAGGCGAUUGCUUCUCCAAAAACCUUUCAGACGAAAAUCUUACGGUAAAUUCAGGCCACCGACUACUGAGUGAAGAUGACAACGGGUUUCUGGACGAGCUUGAGCUGGAAAGAUCUCGGAACGCCUUGCACCACGACGCACCACUCACGCACUCUUCAUUGGGGCCGGCGCCGGCCAGACGCCGAGCGAAGGGUUUUCAGCGACUUACCUGCCCCGAACACGUGCCCUACUCGAAAACUGGCGACACUCAGAAACACGUGACGGCCGCUGGCUCUCUGUUAACGAUGGCCUCCAACCCAGCUUCACGACCGAUCCGAGCGGGAGAGCGUGAUCUCAGCGACUUGAUGAUAAGCAUGCGGACCGUCGAGGAUCGAAUUAAUCGGAAGUUUGGUUACCCCUGGGUCUUCCUGGGUGAAGAGCCUUUCAGUCUAGAUUUCAGACUGGCAAUCAAAUCGAUGACCAGGUCCCAGGUUUUCUUCGGCCUCAUCCCUCCCCGCCAACUGUCUUAUCCUUCCCAUGUGGACCGACCUCGAGCUACAAGGGUCCAAAAGACUAUGGACAAUGACUCUCAAAAGAGCAGGCAUGAAGAUAAUCAGAGUCGCCGACAUAUUUCGCGCUUCCAUUCAGGCUUCUUCUUUCGUCACCCGCUCAUGUUGAAAUUUGAUUACUAUUGGCGGGUCGAACCUGGGAUUCAAUACUAUUGCGAUGUGGACUAUGAUCCAUUUGUAUUUAUGGAGGAGAACAAGAAAGUGUAUUCAUUCUCAGUCUCUCUGAUGGAGUACCAAUCGACGAUCCCGAGCCUUUGGAAAACCGUCCAAGGAUUUGUGCGCGCCAAUCCGGACCUCCUAGCUGCGAAUAGUUCGAUUGACUUUCUCCUCAAGGACCCAUCUCAAGGGAUCGAAUCAGACUACAACCUGUGUCACUUCUGGUCGAACUUUGAGGUAGGAGACAUGCGUUUCUGGAGAUCGAGCACCUAUGCCAAGUUUUUUGCCCAUCUCGAUAGGGCCGGGGGGAUUUACUAUGAGCGAUGGGCCGAGGGCCCGAUCCAUUCGAUCGCCGCCGCACUCUUCCUCCGCCGGCAGCAGAUUCAUCAGUGGGACGACAUCGGGUACUUCCAGACCCCCUUCUCUCACUGUCCUUCCGACUACGAACGCUUCCAUUCAAACGGUAAGUGCUUCUGUGAUCCGUUCGAAAACUUCGAUCAGGACCCUUAUAGCUGUGCUCCUUUGUGGUGGGAACUUGAUAGGAAGAAAAUUAAGGACUCAAAAAUCCAAUCUAAUCCAUGAAAGCUUUGAUAAGCUAGCACACACAAAUUC